GACGUUUACGGUUUGCCAAUUUGAAACGAAUCUGACAACUAUUCAAAAGUUCAAGAAUUCCAGUCCGGUCGGAUGUCAGAGAGAGAGAAUCCCGAUUUAUAAUCCGCGAGUGUACUUUCGUGGGAAUAAAACCCACGCAGACCGAAACAGUCGAUAGGAUCGAUCAGGAGAUCAAGUCUCGCAACGGAAAUUGUCGCGACGAGGAGAGCUUCGUGGUUGGAAUUUCGAAUUGAAUGAGAUUAACGCAGAGUGGAUCCGUUUCGCCUUCUUGUCGCGGAUAGUUUGUUUCUCAUGAUGGAGCAAACGAAACGGCGGACGCCGAGCGAGGAGAGGACGUGCGCGAGCCCGUUGGCGCGCGGCACCCCGGUGAAGCGGAACGACGCUCAGCUGAAGCGGCUGUUCGCCGUUCUGCCGAGUCACAUCACGCCGCCGUCCAAGCUGCGGAGGUUCGUUACCAAGAACCCGUUCGAGCCCGAGCUGAUUAACAGGCUGCACCUGCCCGCGAUCAGCCCGACCAUAUUCACCAAGGUCCCCAGUCCUAUGCAGCAGUCACCGGGCUUCGCGUGGAGCAUAGACGAGCUGGCUCGCAUGAAGCCGGUGAAGAUCGAGGAGUCGCCCAUGCAGCAAGUGUGCUCUCCAGAUCCGGAGCUGGAGAUGAGGGCCCAGGCGGCUAUAGAUCGAUUCUUCAAGGAGAAUCAGAUAAUCCCCAGCCCGUGGGACACCAGGCAGAAGGCGAGCAAGCCGUGUUUACCCCUGGACACGCCCAACCGGCUGAACGAUUUCAAUUCUACCCAGGAGCUUUCGAGGUCGACGAAGGAUGCGUGGAGUCAGACAGUAUUAUCUCUACCUCAGAAUCUGCCUGAGAAUGUGGAAGAAGUUUUGAAGCCUUUCUUUACUUUCACUCAGGAACAGAAUGCAGACAACGACGAUAUAAAUUCGAGCAACAAUUCACUGAGGAGAAAAUUAUUUUUUUGUCAGGACGAGGGCGCUGACACUGAUAAAGAGAGUUUCACGUCGUUAUCACCGAUGAAAAUGAACGAAUCCAUGGAGUUACCUUACAGCCCUCCUCAAAGUGGUAUGUUUGUUCACGGAGUGCCAUUAAAGAUGUUGGUACAAACUAAGCGACGAAGCAACGGAUCGUCCAUAGUAAUAUCUGAAAACUUAUCGCCGCCUAACAUGUCGCCAAUACAUAACGCCGAGGACGAUUGUAUGAAAAAAUUGAAUAAGUUGUACGAAAGAAUCGAACACUGUUCUCGUCCGUCCACUGGGUUAAGCUCCAUGGAUCUAAGCAUGGACGAUACAGCCGAGAGAAAAAGUCUUGAGAGAAAAGAGUUCUGUCGUCCAUUAGUACUUAUAGAUAACAAUGUGCUUCCGUUCGUUAACGAAAAUCACGUCAAACGUACUGAAGACAAUGGUAAAUUGACAAUUAGAAGUAACGAUAAAACGAAUGCAUGUGAUUCUAUUAACAUGGAGGAAUUGCCGAAGUCUAUAAAUUCAACCGACAGUACCGUGCACUCUGACGCCGUUGUAUUUAGCAAUAAAGAAUACGACGAGAUUAGUUUGAAAAUUGCACCGGAAACGGCAAGUUUCUCGCGGGAAAGUCAUAAACGAAGUAACAUAAUGUCUGGCGCGUUCGAGCGGCAAAGUAUCUCAAACUCGGUUCAAGACACCGGUUAUCAAACUUAUAGUAUGAACAGCAUAACGCAGGCAACAGACAGUAACGAUACUUCGACGAGUCACAGAACUCUUUGGAAUGAGAACAUGGCGGUGUCCAGGGAUAACACUCAAUUAUCUUGGCGAGAAAACAUGAGAAACGUAUUUAGUUCCACACCUUCCAAGUAUAAUAAAGAAAAAGGAACUUUAUAGUCAUAGAAGUAUCAUAUUUGUGUGCCUGGUUUCCACUAAUAUAGAUAAACCCUAGGUAUACACACUGUUUUUUUGACGACGUCGUAUACACACUGGGGUUUCGGGGACUCCCAUCCAUAUUUAUUACUGUAACUCCAGUGAAAAUGGAUAUAUUUCAAUUAAUUUUUUUUCAAUCGAUAGAGAAUCGACCAAGGAACAAGCCGACAGAAUUAAGGAGCUCUAAGAUAUACUGGUUCAAAGAAAAAGGAAAGUUCAAAAACGCGAAAAAAUCUCGAUUUAGGCUGCGUUCGGGGAGCGCGUUAUUAGCGCUAUUCUGUCACUCUAUCUUUAUCGUUCAUUGAACAUAAAACAAGAAUAGAAUGACACGAUUGCGCGUUCCCUGAACGCACCUUUAGCAUCUUUUUUAAAAAAAUCAUAUCUCUUUUGUUUAUAGAUUUGAGAAAUUCUUGAAAAUUUUAAAAGGGCAUACUUGAAAUAUGUAGUAACAAAAAAAUUUGGCGAUCCGAUAUUUUAAUUUUUUAACAAAACUGCAAGCAGUCCCGGAGAUCCCACGCUCACUUCAACUGUUCACUGCUCGGUUGUUGAGUGAUAAUUGCCGCGCGUCAACACGUCUUCCUACUGAGGAGAUCUCAAACUUUUUUACGUCAAUAUCCCAAACCCCUCACCUUCCAAUUUCAGAAAUGCCAAACCGAGAAAGUUUCGAUGGGGUCCCGGGGAUUCCAGUGUGUAUCUAGGAUUAACUUUAAUAUCGAUUUACACACACAUACACCUCACUCUUCUUUUUCUGAUCUUAAGAAUUAGAAAAAGAUGAAGAGUAAGUUGGACCGAGGUUAAAAUUAAUCUGCAUUGCUGGAAACAGGCAUUAGAGAAGAAAUGCUCAAAUAGUUAAGGUCACAAUUUAGCUUAGAUGAUUAGCAUGGAAAAUACAAUGAAAUGCGCAUGAUUUGCUUAUGUUAUAAAUUUACAUUUGUUUUCUGCAACAGUCAAUUGAAUUACAGAUAGUUCUUUGACGACUAGAUCUCAAUUUGUUUAUAUAGUUAUUUUCUUCGUAUAUUAAUUUGAUACUUUUAAAUAAUUUAAUCAAAUUGCAUUUGAUCUGAGCCCAUACGAUUGAUUAUCACGGGUGUUAUUCUAAAUUUGAAUUUGUGUUAUGGAUCUCAAUAUAUUUAUUAUAUAAAUAUCUUUUCGCUGAUAUUGUAUGUUGUUACUUAAUGUUUAUUUUAUUCUACCGAAUAUUUAAGCGUGACGUUCCGUAAAGCUUUUGCUAAGGGAAAAGCUCCGCUUUAUUUUUUAACAAUUUUUCAACUAUACGAUCAACACAUCAUUGUAUUGAUGUAUACUGCCAUUAAUUAAUUAAAUUUGUACCAUGUUAUAUAUACAUAUAUAUUGAAGUAUGCCGUAAUUGCUAUGUGGAAUAAGAAAUACUGGAUGAAAUAAUCACAAGUUUUGCAGUUUUCUUCAUUUGUUUCAUUAGAUAAAAUUUUCUUGUGGUUACAGCCUAAAAUAUUAAAUAUACUCAAGAUAUAUAUAAGCAAGAUCAAAAACUUAACAAACAUUUUACAGCAUGAUUCAUCUAAAAUGAGUAAUAAUAAUAAUAAUAUAAUAAUGAUAUAUAUAAUUAUAAUAUUACAAUAUUACGCCAACAAAAUUCUUAUAAUAUACAAUCUGUAGAUAUAUAUAUUAUGUGUACAUAUAAAUUAUAACAUAUCUCUGAUCUUCCAAACCCAAAGGAUUUUGCAUUUGGCACGAUGUCAUGUAAUGGAAGCAAACCAAACACAUCAUGUCUUUUGAUUGUCCCUGGCUAGUUACAAUGACACAUCAUAAUCUGCUUUGCUCCAUACUUUGUUGUGUGGUUUAUUUUUUUUUUUUUGGUGUCUGUCAUAGGAUGACUUCGCCUGUCAGCCGGUUGUAAUUAAUAGCACACAUACACACACGCACACAUCCCCGCGUGAAACGAUACAUAGCGUACGAAUAAUUGUCAAUUUUGCGAGUUCGCAUCGUGUGGUGGAAUCGGCGCUACGCGUUGGAGAAGAAAAGAAGAAGAACAUGCUGAUGUUAAUACUUAUUCUUUCUACACGUAAUGCAAUUACAGAGUAACAGUCUAUCCCGCCGUCUAUCUAUGCCGCGACUAAAACGCCGAUUAAAACGCAUUGCACAUGAGCCCAUUUUACCAUUCCGCGCGCGAAAACCGGCUGACUAGAGUAUUUCGCCCAAUGUCAGGAUUUACUGGUGUAUUGCUUUACAUUAUGUGACUAAUCGAUUUUUAAUCUACGCUUUAAACCUAUCGAUUAGCUACACUGUGUGUUUAUGAUCGAUGAAUGGCAUCCCGCAUUCUAUAAUCGAGUUUUAGUUUAGAAUUUACCUAUACGUGGAAGAACAGACGUUCAGUCGUAGCAAACGAGAGCUAGACUAAGAGUGUUUUUUUUUUUUUAACAAAUUUGUGAAGCUAUAACACUGAAAUUUCCGUUUACGAUAGUUUUAUCGAUUUGAAGAUGCCAGCUCGUUUUUCAAGAUUGAUAUCAAGUUGUAGAGUAUUCAAGGUGUGAGUAAGAAUGCCAGUUAAUUAAUAAUAUUUAUAUAUAUAUAUAUAUGUAUAUAUAUAACUCUUUCGCUAAACAACAUAAUAUAUAGAAUUCUAAAACUUCGGAUACACUGAAGUAUAACAACGAUAAUAUCGUAUUCAUUCUUGCAAUAUAUCACAGAGGUAAUAACAGUAAAAUAAAACUUUUAAAAACAAACAAAAAGGAUAGAUUGCGGCUAAAUUUUAUAUAAAUUAUGUUGAGCAGGGUGUGUUUAAUACAGCGUAAUUAUACGUAAAAUGAUUUUAAGUUAGAAGAUAAAUCUUGGAAAUUAAUUUUCUCCUUUUCAGACAUUUCUUUCAGUUUUUUAUUUAAAUAAUAGAGUUCUUUUUUUCCUUUAAGUAGAAUAUUUAUCAUAUUGAGCAUGGCAUUCUUUCUUGCACCUUCAGAUUGAAUUUUCUCUUCUGGUAGUGUAGCUGACUAGCUACAAUCACAUUAAAUAUAUAUAUUUGAUGUAGCGCAUCCUGUUUUAUUAGACAGAAAUCGUGUAUUAUUUCCCCCGAUAUUCUCUUCCGAAGACAUCUCCUAUUUCGAAUAAUUUAAAGAUUUCCAAUUUUCCAGCAGUUGUCGCGACCGAUCUAACUGCUUUAACGGAAAUUGAAAUUUUAAUGGAACUCGAAAUUAUCAUUAAGACACGCUGAUUUGAGUCCUACAUAUUACGCACGUAAUUAUGCUAUGAAACUAGCACUCUACUUAGUACUGACG